UUGUGUCGGCUGUAAAACACAACCCAACCAUGGAUCAACCACGAAGCCCUCAAGAAACUCCUUCUAGCUAAUGUAUAAUAUCCUUUAUCUCUCUCUUAACCAAGAAACAGAUCAAAAAAAAAAAAAGAAGAAAAGAAAAGGACAAAUAGAAGAAAGAAAAAUUCAUCUCUAGGAGAUCAUGGGAAAUUGCGUUUUCAAAGGUUUUGGAGAAAUAUCGGAAUCGGAGGUUGUCAAGGUUGUAACAUCAAGCGGAGGAAUCAUGGAGCUUUUCGCCCCAAUCGCCGUCAACUCCAUAACCAACGAGUUCCCCGGCCACGCCAUCUUCCGCAGCCGCGACCUCUUCUCUCAACCGCUUCUCCACAACGACGAGCUUCACCCUGGCGAGCUAUACUACCUCCUCCCUCUCAACCCCUACAAAGCCGCCACCAAAACGACGGCGGCGGCCGGCGGCAACAACGACGCCGUCGUCACACCCUACCGCAUGUCGUGCGGGGGCCACGGCUCGGCCGUGAAGAGCGCUAGGCGGCCGGACCCCGAGGUUUUCCCGAGGUACAAUAGUAGCGGGGUGUGGAAGGUUAAGCUUGUGAUAAGCCCUGAGCAGCUGUCGGAGAUUUUGUCCCAGGAGGCUCGGACGGAGGCGCUGAUCGAGAGCGUCAGGACGGUGGCGAAGUGCGGUAGCGGCGGCGGCGGCGGGGGCUCCUCGGUGGCGAGUUCGGAUCAGUGGAGUGUGUCUAGUAGUUUGAAGGGAUCAUCAUGAUGAUCAUUAUAUGUUUCAAUAAUGUUCUAGCUAGUUUGAGGCAGUAUUUUUUUUUUUUUUUU